CAUUUUUCAGUCAGAAGCAAUGACAGAAACAGUAGCAGAAGUAGCAGUAGAAGUAGCAACAGAAGCAGCAACAGCAGAAGCAGCAACAGCAGAAGUAGCAAAAACAAUAGCAGAAGUAGUAGUAGCAGAUAUAGCAAUAGCAGAUGCAGAUACAACAAUAGCAGAUAUAGCAGCAGAAUCAACUGCAGAAGCUCAGAGUAAAUUAGAUGAAUAUAGUAUCAUGAACUUUAUUUAUGCUGAU